UCCACCGCGCAUGCGCGAGAGCCUCUUUUCCGGUGGUGAACAUGGCGGGGACAGAAGAGAAGAAGUUGCCAUCCGUUCCAGAAAGCCUUCUGAAGAAGCGGAAGGCUUUUGCGGCCGCUAAGGCCAAGAGGAUCAAGAAUAUCCUGAAAUCUAAAAGGGCCCGUAAAGAGAAGAGGAAGAUCAUCUACAAGAGGGCCGAGAGCUACUACCAGGAGUACAGGCAGAUGUACAGGAAGGAGAUCCGCCUGGCCAGGAUGGCCCGCAAAGCUGGAAACUACUAUGUCCCUGCUGAGCCCAAGCUGGCUUUUGUCAUCAGGAUCCGCGGUAUCAAUGGUGUCAGCCCAAAGGUCCGUAAGGUAUUGCAGCUCCUCCGUCUGCGUCAAAUUUUCAAUGGCACCUUUGUGAAACUCAACAAGACUACUAUCAAUAUGCUGAGAUUAGUAGAGCCCUACAUUGCCUGGGGUUAUCCCAACCUAAAGUCUGUGAAGGAGCUGAUCUACAAGCGUGGUUUCCUGAAGAUACAAAAGCGGCGGAUCCCCCUGACUAAUAACUCUCUUAUUGAGAGACAUCUUGGCAAGCGUGGCAUCAUCUGUGUUGAAGAUCUGAUUCAUGAGAUCUACACAGUUGGCAAGAACUUCAAAGCCGCAAACAACUUCCUCUGGCCCUUCAAACUGUCCUCCCCCAGGGGUGGCAUGAAGAAGAAAACGACACACUUUGUGGAAGGUGGUGAUGCAGGAAACAGGGAAGACCAGAUCAACAGAAUGAUCAGGAAGAUGAACUAAGGUUUCCUAUGGAUGCAUCUGACGGGUCAAGUAAUAAUAAAAAAAAAUCAAUUUACAAAA